GGCCCCGCCUCGCAGAGCUGGGGCUGCACCCGGGGCGGCGGGGCCGGGCCUGGACGCCAGGUCUAAGGAGCCGCACCUGCCAGGAGCGCGUCCCGCCUGCCGGUCGAAGGAGCCCUCGGAGCCGCAGCCAUGGGAAUGUCCAAGUCAUGGAGUUGCCUUGGUUAUCCCCUGAGCAUCUUCUUCAUCGUGGUCAACGAGUUCUGCGAAAGAUUUUCCUACUAUGGAAUGCGAGCACUCCUGAUUCUGUACUUCACAAAUUUCAUUCGCUGGGAUGACAACCUGUCCACCGCCAUCUACCAUACGUUUGUGGCUCUGUGCUACCUGACGCCAAUUCUCGGAGCUCUCAUCGCCGACUCAUGGCUGGGAAAAUUCAAGACCAUUGUGUCGCUUUCCAUUGUCUACACAAUUGGACAAGUAGUCCUCUCAGUAAGCUCCAUUACUGACCUCACAGACCACAACCAUGAUGGCACUCCCGACAGCCUUCCUGUGCACGUGGCACUGUCCAUGAUCGGCCUGGCCCUGAUCGCUCUCGGGACUGGAGGAAUCAAGCCCUGCGUGUCUGCAUUUGGCGGAGAUCAGUUUGAAGAGGGCCAGGAGAAACAAAGAAACAGAUUUUUUUCCAUCUUUUACUUGGCCAUUAAUGCUGGAAGUUUGCUUUCCACCAUCAUCACUCCCAUGCUCAGAGUUCAACAGUGUGGAAUCCACAGUAAACAAGCUUGUUACCCACUGGCCUUCGGGGUUCCCGCUGCUCUCAUGGCUGUAGCCCUGAUGGUGUUUAUUCUUGGCAGUGGCAUGUACAAGAAGUUCCAGCCACAGGGCAACAUCAUGGGCAAAGUGGUCAAGUGCAUCGGUUUUGCCAUCAAAAAUAGAUUCAGGCAUCGGAGUAAGACAUUUCCCAAGAGGGAGCACUGGCUGGACUGGGCCAAGGAGAAAUAUGAUGAGCGGCUUAUCUCCCAAAUUAAGAUGGUCACGAGGGUGAUGUUCCUGUAUAUUCCACUCCCAAUGUUCUGGGCCUUGUUUGACCAGCAGGGCUCCAGGUGGACGCUGCAAGCAACAACCAUGUCGGGGAGAAUCGGAACUAUGGAAAUUCAGCCUGAUCAGAUGCAGACUGUGAACGCCAUCCUGAUCGUGAUCAUGGUCCCUGUCUUUGAUGUUGUGCUGUACCCUCUGAUUGCAAAAUGCGGCUUCAAUUUCACCUCCCUGAAGAAGAUGACUGUUGGCAUGUUCCUGGCGUCCAUGGCCUUUGUGGUGGCUGCCAUCGUUCAGGUGGAAAUUGAUAAAACUCUUCCAGUAUUCCCCAAUGGAAACGAAGUCCAAAUUAAAGUUUUGAAUAUAGGAAACAGUAACAUGAGUGUAUCUCUUCCUGGAGAGAUAGUGCCACUUGACCCAAUGUCUCAAACAAAUGGAUUUAUGACUUUUGAUGUAAACACACUGACAAGCAUAAACAUGUCUUUUCCUGGAUCACCAGUCACUGCUGUAACUGACAACUUUGAGCAGGGCCAGCGCCACACACUUCUAGUGUGGGCCCCCAGUCACUACCAGGUGGUAAAGGAUGGCCUUAAUGAGAAGCCAGAAAAAGGAGAAAAUGGAAUCAGAUUUGUAAAUACUUAUAAUGAGCUCAUCACCAUCACCAUGAGUGGGAAAGUUUUUGCAAAUAUCAGCAGCUAUAAUGCCAGCAAGUAUCAGUUCUUUCCUUCUGGCAGAAAAGGCUACACAAUAAACUCAACAGAGAUUCCAUCACAGUGUCAAACUAAUUUCGAUACCCCCUACCUUGAAUUCGGAAGUGCUUAUACCUAUGUAAUCCAAAAGAAGAAUGACGGCUGCCCCGAAGUGAAGAUGUUUGAAGAUAUUGCAGCCAACACGGUUAACAUGGCUCUGCAAAUCCCGCAGUAUUUUCUUCUCACCUGUGGCGAAGUGGUCUUCUCUGUCACGGGACUGGAAUUCUCCUAUUCUCAGGCUCCUUCCAACAUGAAGUCCGUGCUUCAGGCGGGAUGGCUCCUGACGGUGGCUGUCGGCAACAUCAUCGUGCUCAUCGUGGCGGGGGCCGGCCAGUUCAGCAAACAGUGGGCUGAAUACGUUCUAUUUGCCGCGUUGCUUCUGGUCGUCUGUGUAAUUUUUGCCAUCAUGGCUCGAUUCUAUACUUACAUCAAUCCAGCAGAGAUUGAAGCUCAAUUUGAUGAGGACGAAAAGAAAAAGAGCCUGGGAAAGAGUAACCCAUAUUUCAUGUCAGAAGCCAACUCACAGACACAGAUGUAAAGGUCAGGAAGCAAGUGGAGGAUGGCCUGGGCCCGCAUACACCCCGACCUCUGGCUCCAGGUGGCAGGACAUUCCACUGGAUGUCCCCUGGCAGGGAAGACUUCAGAUUUGGGAACUAAACCACGAACGCUAUUUUCCAAGCAGCCAGCAAUGAAUCUACAACUCUGGAAGAAGUCUUUUGUUUGAAAGGCUUAACUAAGCCACAUAUCCACACACUGUCUUAUAACACUGAGCGCACACCCUGCGUAUGUCAUCUUCCCUAUCAUACAAAUGAUGUUAUUUUGGACUAGCUUAAUUUUGAAAGAGUAACCAAGUUUCCUGUUCCAUAUUGUUGAUGUUCUUAUGAAAACUAUUUUAAAGGAGACAGGAACCAAGGCUGAAAGUGAACGUACAGGUUUGCAAAUGGCAUGUGAUAAGGACAAGCUGAUAUUAACUGACAGCUGUACCUUUGGGUUUUUGUUGCUUUGUUUUUCUAGUCCUCAGCUCUGUUUAAAUUAUGUGUAACUCAAAAGACCACUCAGGUGAAGGCCAGUAAUAAUUUUUUGAAGUUUCAGUGGUGUGAAAUAAAUUUCUGUUCUUAAGCAUAA